AUGGGCAUAGGGGCCCCCGCGCAGCUCUCCUCCUUGGAUUUACAGCAGCAGCAGAAGCUGCAGCAGCAACUCACACUGCCCUUCGAUUCGGCAUACCAAAUGGACGCGGGGGCCCCUAUGGGUGUGGCAGGCCUCCCAGAAGAGGCCCUUAGUUCAUCGUACGCCAUGGGGGCCCCCCCCGAUAUGGGGCCUCCUCUCGGUGGAGGCCCCAUAUCCGGGGGGGCCCCCAUGGGGCCCUCACCCCCCCCUGUGCUAUCAGAAGCCGAGGUGCAGCUGUACGACCAGCUGUGGCGUGAAGCUCUCGGCGAAGGGGGGCCCCUUGGAGGCGUUCCUCUUGGGGGAGCUGAGGGAGAGUGCUGUCUGGACGGCGCUGCCGCUGCUGCCUUCUUAGAGAGAAGCGGUCUUGCACAAGAGACCUUGCAUGCGAUCUGGAGUCUUGCAGAUACGCAGAAUGAGGGCAGGCUGGAUGCCUCUGCCUUUGCUCGCGCAUGCCGCCUUGUCGCCUAUGCGCAACAGGGUCUCCCUCUGCAGCACGCAUGCGCUCCUGAUGCUGCACCACCCCCCGUCUUGCCUCAAUUUAAUGCCGUCUCCGCGUGGAAAGCCAGCACCCCUCCUAGCCGUCCGUAGUUUAGCCGUUGUUGCCCUCCGCUUUAAGCGGGGAAGUACCCGUAAACGUGGGAAAAGUCUGAGCAGCCACUCACGCGGCUCUCAUUUUGCGGUUGUCUCGCCAUACUUGGUAACAGCCCAUUCGCUGCAUUCCAUCUGUAUUCGCAUGCGCCUGCAGCAUUUCUCUCCUCCGCGUCUGGCGUCGUGUCUUAUGCACCUACUCCGGAGGAGCUUCAGCAGUAUCUCGCGCUGUUUGCUGCUCAAGAUCCGAAGGGGGGCAGCGGCAUCUUGAGUGGAGCUGUGUUGCGGCCUCUCCUUGCCGCCUCUUGCCUUCCUGCGGCAGACUUGGCUGCUGCGUGGGCUGCUGCAGACAUGGAUGGUGACGGAUGCCUCUCGAGUUAUGAGUUUGCUGCUGCGAUGGCGCUUGCAGCAAAGAGAAGGCAAGGGGCCCCCAUGCCCCUCGUUCUCCCUCCAGAGCUGCAACCCGAGGCGCUGCAACAGCAGAUGCAGCAGCAGCAACAACAACAGCAGAUGCAGCAGCAAAUGCAGCAGCAGAUGCAGCAACAAAAGUUGCCCGAUUGGGGGAGGGGGGCCCCCGCGACGGACUUUGAUCCGUUUGGGGAGACAACAGCACCCGUGGCGGGAGCUGCAGCAGACGCGGCUGCAUCGGAUGAAGGCGCUAGCAGCCCUAUGACGAAGAAGGAUAAAAGCAAGCGCAAGGCACGCAGCACCUCUCCCCGCAGUCUCAAGAAAAAGGAGGAAAAGGCCCCCUCAGGGCGAAGCAGCAGCGAGGAAACGGCAGCCGACACUCAUCGGGCUCGACGCAGCAGCAGCAGCACCAAACGGCGCGACAAGAAGCAGCUCGAGGAAGACGAGCAGCAGCAGCAGCAAGACGAUGCCGAGGCAGCAGAAUAUGAAUCUUCUUGGGGAAGGAGGGAGAAGAGCGACUGGGCACGCUCAGAGGACGCCGCCUCCCAAGAUAUAAGGGAUGAGCAGAAGCCGCAAAAGUGGGUGCCUCAGCAGCUCGAGCAGCGUCAUCAUCGGCAGCGAUUUGAAAGCUAUGAAGAUGCAGACGACGAGGAUCGCCUGUCCAUGGAUAUCGCUGCUGCGCUGCAGCAGCAUGCCCAGCAGCAGAAGGCGCACCAGCAGCAAGGCAGAAGGGCUGCUGACGAAGGAGGGAGUCGGAGGACUGCAGAUUCUGCAGUGGCUCUGCUGGAAGGUGUUGUUGAGUGCGAUAAGCGGCUCUCCAUGCUGAUGGGAGAGGAGGUCGAGAUGGCGGCUGACGAGUUGCUGCAGCUGCGGUCCAUGGCUACUGCGCUGCAGCGGCAGCUGAUAAGGGAAAAGCAGCAGCUGGCUGCAGCUAUUGACCGUCGCAGGGAGUUCGAAGCGCUGUUGCAGCGGGAAAGGGUGAAGCUUCAUAAGCUUCAAGAGGCGAGGAGGACACUGGAGCUGGAACGCAUUAGCGCCCAUCGCGACGUUCAACACUACCAGGAAGACAUUUUAUUCCUGCAACAGCAAGUUGCAGCCGCAGAAGCAGAUCUGAGAGCGUUGGCUGACGGUGCAGACGCCACGCGCAGGCAGCAGCAACAGCAGCUGCAGCAGUUGGAGGCCCUCGACUCAGAGAGGCGGUCUGCUCUGGAUCUUCUGAAAUCGGAGAAAGAAGCACUUGCUAAGGAAGAGAAGCAAAUCGCGGAGAUGCAGGCUCUACUGCAACGUCUGCGGCGCGAGAAGACGGAAGGGCAGUCGCAGCAUGCUGCGCUUCAGGAGAGGCUCAGACAGAGCGAGCACGACGUACUACUGCAGCGAGCGGCGCUGGACUCGACUCACGCAUCCACCAUAUCGACUCUGCAGCAGCGGCUGCAGCAGCAACAACAAAAACAGAAGCUUGUGGCUGAGCUUAACCAGCACGCGCAGGAGACUUGGGUAGCUCAGAAGAUGCGAGGGCUCGAGGGUGGCUUUAACGUAGGAGGACGCAAAGGCCCCUCUGCUAGUGCGGGUGCUAGUGCUGCUGGUGGUUACUGGGGUAUGACGGAAACGUCGCAACGGCGUGAUCUUAAAGGGGUCCCUUCAGGGGGAGGUGGCGGUUUCUUUGUGUCCUCGGCGCAUUCUUUCCCUGCUAAUGAUAUGGACGCGACGACCGCCCUCCCCCCUUCAAGUUGGAGGACCUUCAAGCCACCCAUUGCAUCCGAGCACUCGUUGUCUCGCAGCGGUGCAGCGGGGACGGCAGCCACAGCUCUAGGCAUUACUGAUUAUCCUGUUGUUGCCUCUACUACGGAGGACAGUAGAGACCUCAGGAGGCAUCUGGAGGGGCUGUCCGUUGAUAGCGUCAAAAGCGAUACAGCCUUUGUAGGCGUUGCUGCUGCUAUGGCUGUUUGCUGUUGGCAGCUUUUUCGGAGUCCGCAACCCCAGGCCGCUGACAGUCUUGCGUCUUAUACGUUUAUUGGUGCUGAGUGCGCGUGUUCAACAUUGGUACUGCUGGUGCUGCCGCAGGGAGAUUAUUCUCAGCUGGGAACUCGGCAGACUGAUACCCAUAAAAACGCCUUUGGCGAGCAUCACAUUUGUACGUGUGGGGUCUAG